GGAGAUGGUGGAACAAACUACAUCGGAGCCUGCAGCAGGAUCUAUGCCCAAAAUUUCAUUUGGCGUGAAAAAGCGAGAAGAGAACAAAGUUCAGGCGCCUGCUAAAGCUGUUGUAAUUGAAGUCGAUUUGGACAGUGAUGAAGAACGAGAAAAAAAUGAGAUGGAAAGAGCGGCCAAGAGAAGAAAAGUUAUGCAUUUUGAGGAUGGAACCGUUCAAGGCGAUAUUGACAAACCAAAAGAAGCUGCCGUCAUUCCAAUGGUAGUAGAACAUGAUUGGAGGACUCAGAAACUCAUUGAAAAGGAGAAAGCUGGUACAUUAACAGAAGAAGAACGUGCCAAGUUGGCACUUGUUCUACCCAACGGAAUUGAUGGAGAAAAUGAAGAAGAAAGCGGAAAAGGGGAGAAAAUUGUUGUAGAAGACGGACGCGGUGAUACAGAAGAUGCCGAUUAUUCUGCAAUUCCCAUCGAAAGCUUCGGACUUGCAAUUUUAAGAGGUUGCAACUGGAAAGAUGGUGAUGGAAUUGGUAAAAACCCGCAGAAAGUCGCAUUGAAACUUCCGAAUCGACGACCGCCUGGACUCGGACUUGGUGCCACACCCAAAAAUCCAGUAGGAAAAAAUAAAAAUACAGGAGAAUCGUCGAAAGCAGAAGAAGAAAAAUUAGAAGAAAUUAAAGUUGGAAGCUUCAUAAAAGUAGUUGACGGGCGAAAUAAAGGUGUUUAUGGAAAAGUCGAAGGAAGAGAUGAUGACUCAAAUUCAUUGUUUAUAAGAACUGCAAUCGGAGGAAAAACGAUGAAAGUCAGUCAAAUAGUUGCUGUUGCAGUUAGUGCGAAGGAAUAUGAACGAGAUUCGAAAUGUUUAAAUAAAAGCGAAUACGACAAAGAAAAAGAUCGGCUUGAAACAGAACGGAAGAAGCUUGAAUCUCAACCACCAUCAACGUCCACGUCUCAAUCUUCAAAGGACUACAAAUCGAAGUCUUCGUCUUCCAAACAUGACAAGAAUUCCUCUGAAUACGAAAGAAAUGAUAAAAUGUGGGCUCGAACGGAUCUUCUUGUUAGAUUCAUUGAUGAAGACUUCAAGCGAGGAUCAUUAUACGAACAAAAAGUUCGGAUAGUUGAUGUUGCUGGAGAUAAUGACGUAACGAUUGAAGAUGAUCGAGGGAACACUCAUUACAAUAUCCGACAAUCCUGGUUGGAAACUGUAAUUCCUCGAGAAAUCGGUGAAAAGCUCAUGAUUGUCGCUGGUAAACGAAGCGGCCAACUAGCUGUGAUGCUUGAUAAAGAUAAACGGAAAGAAAAAGUGACAGCACGUCUUGUGGCGACAAACGAUGUGGUUACCGCGUACUUUGAAGAUGUUUGUUCAGUUAAGAUUCGACACGAAGAAGAUUACGAGUGAAUAAAUGUGUACAUUCCCCGAUGACUUUUUUUGAAAAAAUACUAAUUCAUUAUACUUCAAUGAAUUUUUGAAACUUGAU